AUGACAGUUUUGCGUCCUCACCAGUGUUAUUUUCAUUUCUAUAGUCCUACUUUGGUCUACUACCCUCCGCGCAUUACUAAUACUCGCAAUUUGGAUGCCCGAACCUGGAUUGUGGGCAACGUUCGUGGUGGAGCUUUACCCACUGAGAAUCAUGUAACAGCCCAAUCCAAGUCUCCAGAUGACGUGACCGAUCCAAUCGUGGGCGUUUGCAUGGCUGACGGAACUGUUUUGUUAAUGAAUCCUGCCACCGAAGACGAAGCCGAACGAGUUCUUUGGUGCAUUCAACUUCACUUUCGUGGUGAACUGUUUGGUUUGUCGAAAGUAAACUUGACGCGCGGCCACACCGACGAAUUGUGUGUGUGUGCCUGGGAUGGGACAACCUACGUGUUUAACCAUCGGAAGCAAAUUCUUCGUUUCCCUAUGGGACAGUCUUGCCAAGCCUUUCUGGCCGGCUGGUAUGCUGUUGAACCGGGAAGAAACGAACCGGUAUUUGUUUACGCCACGUGCGAACACAGCCUGCUAAUCUACCAUAACCUCAAUGUGGAUCAUCUUGUCGAGCCGUGUCUGUUCCAUGAACUAUCAAAUGACGCAUCGAUCGCCUCCAGUCUACAGGCACUGCAGAUCGAUCUGCCCAUGUCCACCACACUAUGGACACCAUCCUCAAACUCUGGCAUAUCUAUGCUAGAGUUCAUGCAUUUUGUGGAACAGAAGCACAACUUGAACUUCGGUGGAGAUUAUCACAAAUUUUACACAUGGUCUAUUGAGCAACUGAAUCAAUUCUGGUUGGACUUUUUCUUCCACGCUUGUGUGCGCCAUUCCGUACCACCGACUCAGGCCAUAGACACAACAGCGAAAAUGUCGUCCAUUCCUAAAUGGUUUCCAGACUGUCGCUUAAACUACGCGGAGAACAUCCUGUCAGGCGGGAAACCCCCGGACGUCGCUCUUCUUGCCUUCUGCGCUGUUACGGCCGAGAAGCCUGGCCCGCUCGAGGUUCGCCCAGAAUUCGCGACGCUUGCCGGCCCGGCAUCAAGACGAGAUCUGAUUGGUCAACAAUCUGGACCCAACAGCCAAUCAGGACCCAGUAUUGACCAAAUGCCGGUUGCCAAUGGCGCUCCAGAACACGUCAGAAAUUCCAGAAAGUUAUAG